AGUACGACUCCUACUUAUCCUUAUCUUCCUCCCCACGACUUUCACUUUAAAAACGUUUUCACGCACACAGAGAAGGUGUAAAUUUCUAUCGAAUUUACUAACAUUAAACCGAAGAAAGAACUAGCGGUCUGAACGACGAACCCCCUUUUUUUUUUUUUGUUUUCUUCCUUCUCUUUUCUACUUUACUCACAAGCUAAGCAAAAACCGCAUCCUCCUUCCCCCGAAAUACACACUCACACACUUAUCCAUAUAUACAUCGAUCCCGGUGAAUUCACAUUUAAAUAUCGACGAUUUUUUAUUUUAAUUUUGUGUUUCGGCGAGGUAUUUUGAGUUUUGUGGUGAUUGGUGUAGGAAUUUGUUGACCAUGGCAUCUGGUGGAUCAUCGGGUCGGGCGAACAACUCGGGGUCAAAGGGGUUCAAUUUCGCUUCCGAUGAUAUUCUGUGUUCCUACGAAGAUUAUGGUAAUCUGGAUGGGUCUAACGGCAGCACCCACUCUGACCCUGUCAUCGGAGCUGCCUCUGCUAAGGAGUUUAACAAGAACAGAAUGGCAAGAUCAUCAGCUUUUCCCGCGACAUCAUAUAGCCCUCCAGAAGAAUCCUCAUUUAAUCAAGAUGUGAUUGUGACUGUUGAGAAGACCAUGAAAAAAUAUGCUGACAACCUCAUGCGUUUUCUUGAGGGUAUCAGUUCACGUUUAUCUCAGCUGGAGUUAUAUUGUUAUAACUUGGACAAAACCAUCGGAGAGAUGCGUGCUGACUUAGUGCGGGAUAAUGGAGAGGCAGAUACUAAGCUCAAAUCACUGGAGAAACAUCUGCAAGAGGUGCACAGGUCUGUGCAGAUAUUGAGAGACAAGCAGGAACUUGCUGAUACCCAGAAGGAACUAGCCAAGCUUCAGCUUGUACAGAAAGAAUCUUCUUUAACAAGCAAUUCACAACAAAAAGAGGAAAAAGCAAGUACAACUGGUUCUGACACCAACAAGAAUGAAACCGCAGAUGCGCAUGGUCAGCAAUUAGCACUUGCACUACCCCAACAGAUUCUCCAGCAGCAGCAUCAGCAGCAGCAGCCACCUGCAGUAGCACCCCCAGCCCCUGUUCCACUACCUUCUCAGGGAAUGGUGCAGUCACAGGCUUAUUACUUGACUCAACCCCAGCUGCCAACUGUCCCAGCUGCAGCCCCACCUUCUCAGGGUCAAUAUUUGCAACCUGAUUCACAAUAUCGGGUGCCCCAAAUGCAAGAACUUUCUAGGAUAGCACCACAAGCCUCUCAGUCUCAAGCAAAUCAGACACCUCAAGUCCAGACGAUGCCUCAAUACCAGCCUCAGUGGACCCCUCAAGGACCUCAGCCAGUUCAACAACUGCAACAGCCAUCUGUUCAGCCUCAGAUGAGACCCUCAUCUCCUUCUGUUUAUCCGUCCUAUUUGCCGAACCAACAAACUCCUACUCCACCAGAGACGGUACCCAGCAGCAUGCAAAUGCAAGUCCAAUAUUCUGGAAUUUCUCAACCGGGUCCUGUCCGUCCAGAAGGAAUUCCUUAUGGAUAUGGAGGAACUGUGAGACCAGCACAACCACAGCCUCCACCUCAGCAAAUCAAGGCUAGUUAUACCCCUCCGGGUGAGGGGUACACGGCUCCUGGGCCACAUCCAACACAUUCUCCUGGGAAUGCAUAUGUAAUGUAUGAUGAAGCAGGGAGACCGCACCAUCCACCUCAACCACCGCACUAUCAACAAAGUGCUUAUCCUCCGACAAGCAUGCCUCCACAGAAUAUGCAGCCAGCUACAGGCUCUAAUCUAGUUGGUGGUCGUCCUCAGAUCAUUCGCAACCAUCCCUAUAAUGAAUUGAUUGAGAAACUGGUCAGCAUGGGUUUCAGGGGUGAGCAUGUCGUUGGAGUAAUUCAAAGGCUAGAGGAAAGUGGCCAACCGGUGGAUUUUAAUGCCGUGUUGGAUAGACUGAAUGGACAUUCUUCUGGAGGCCCUCAGAGGGGAUGGUCUGGUUAAGUACGCAACCCAACUCUGCCAGUCUAGGGUACGUGGUAGUUUCAAUUUGCUUCAAAUAAAGGAUCAUUUGGUCAUGAUGCAAUUUAAGCAUGUAUAGGGAACAAAAGAGGUGCGAGGUAUUAGUUUGUCAUCUCUUUACUGACCUUUUAUGUUGGUGGUUAUGUCUCGUUUGUCGGUGUAUUGCUGCCGUAAAACUGGCUAGAGUUUUGAUUUUAGAUUUCUCUAUGUCCCAGGCACUGGUGCCCUGGUUUAUUUUCUUAAAUCUGUCUAUAACAACAGUUUCCGUUUAUCUUGGGUGAGGCUUGCAUGUAGAAAAUGGUAGGUAUUACUCACGCAAUGGCUGGGAGAGUUUCUCAUGUAUCAUGAUAUAUUGAUAUGUAUUGUGUGAGUACCCAGUGGAUGAUGGUAGCGUUUUCGGCAUCAAAUGUCUGAAUACACAACGGUUGUAAAGGGGAGACAAAAUGCUGAUGAUUGCUAGCCAACAUCUGAAUUUGUUGCUGCUGAGCUAAAUUUAGUGUCUGAUUUGUUUCCAUUUGACUUUCCUUAUGUCUUACCUUUUGUGUGCAAGCAAAUGAUCGAAAACAAGCGUCUCUCCGUCUUCAUGCAUUCGCUCAGAGUUAACGCAGGACAUGAACAAGUAGUAUUAGUUACUGUGAAAAUGGAUGUGGUCCUACUCUUUUCGGGACGCCACUGGAACAAAGCCAAAAUAGCAUACUGCAGUAGAUUAGAUUGGAGGUUUUAUUCUCCAUUGAUUGGGCACGCGCAGAUACCAAAGUGAAGAGACGCUACGAAUUAAAGUGUCUCGAGGAUUAAUAUUGCAUUCUGAUGUUUGCUUAUUGCAUACCCAAAUUGUAACCCUAUGAGGCCACAGGUCUCCCCCCGACUUACGAGAGAAAGUGGGUCUUUGAAACAUUAAUUUAUGACAAUCUUAAACUGUAGUAUGUAGCAACCUUAAAGCACCUCAUUCGGGGUUUACUAGAGGGGAAAAAAAUGUUAAUCAAAAGAUCGUAAAAACUUAUGGUGAGACAAAUUUUAU